UGCUUAAAAGAUAGAAGCGAAGACCCAAGACCGAAGACCGUAAAAGAAUGAAUAUUGAUAGAGAAUUCCACCGUAAAAGAAAACGAAUCAAUUUUGCGUAGCUGCAAGAUAAUACGACAAAGACUUGGAACCCUCAAAUUCCCGUACAUUUUUUGAUCAACCCUUUUACUCUCUGAGUAGAAAGGGUAACCCCAAAGGUGUAAGCUUUUCUGCUUCUAUUCGUCACGCAAUGCCGGACGGAGAAUCCUCUUCCGCCACGUCAUCGCCGGAGAUGGAGCCCCAUUUAAGCGUCGCUGAAUACUUGCUGCAGAACCUUAGUCUCUCUGAAGUCAAAGAUCAUGACGACCAAGCUGUUCAGAAAGACCCCAGAAAAAUUGCCAGAAGGUACCAGUUGGAGCUGUGCAAAAAAGCAUUAGAAGAAAAUAUAAUUGUAUAUUUGGGGACAGGUUGUGGGAAGACCCACAUUGCUGUGCUGCUUAUGCAUGCGAUGGGUCAUUUGAUAAGGAAGCCCCAGAAAAAUAAAUGUAUUUUUCUUGCCCCUACUGUGGCGCUUGUUCAUCAGCAAGCGAAGGUUAUAGAAGACUCGACUGAUUUUAAGGUUGGGACUUUCUGUGGGAGCUCCAAGCGCUUGAAACGUCAUCAUGAUUGGGAGCAGGAAAUUGGACAGUAUGAGGUUCUUGUCAUGACCCCCCAGAUAUUAUUGCACAACUUAUCUCACUGUUUCAUUAGGAUGGACAUGAUUUCACUUUUGAUAUUUGAUGAAUGUCAUCAUGCUCAAGCCAAAAGCCAGCAUCCUUAUGCAGAAAUCAUGAAAGUCUUCUACAAAAAUAGUUCCAAAAGUGUUCCCCGCAUUUUCGGCAUGACUGCUUCCCCAGUUGUAGGAAAAGGGGCUUCCAAUGAAGCAAAUCUAUCAAAAAGCAUCAAUAGUCUUGAACAAAUACUUGAUGCUAAGGUAUACUCAGUUGAAGACAGGGAAUUGCAAUCUUUUGUGACCAAUGCAACAAUUUCUGUAUAUCAUUAUAGCUCAGUUGCAAAUGGAACAGAUAGCUUGUAUACAACUUACCAUGCAGAUCUUGAUCUGAUCAAAUAUCAGUGCAUAGCAAGCCUCGGUAGGAAUGUAGAAGAUCACCAGAAACGGAUGAACACAAAAAAACUUCUAAACAGGUUACAUGAGAAUGUUGGUUUCUGUCUGAGGAAUCUUGGCAUUUGGGGAGGACUGCAAGCUAGUCAUAUUCUUUUGAGGGGCGAUCGUUCCGAGAGGCAUAAAUUAGUGGAGGCAGAAGGAAAUUCAAGUGAUGACUCCGUGUGUGAUAAAUAUCUAUCUCAGGCAGCUGAACUCUUUAACUCACGUCUGAAAGGUGACGGUGUAUCUGAUUUAUCUUCUAUGGAAAUAAUGAGAGAGCCCUUUUUCUCAUCAAAACUUUUGCGCCUCGUUCAGAUACUGUCCUCCUUUAGGAUGCAACAGAACCCAAAAUGUAUCAUUUUUGUUAAUAGAAUCGUGACUGCAAGAUCCCUGUCAUACAUACUUAAGAAGCUGAAACUUCUAACACAAUGGAGGAGUGAUUUUCUAGUAGGAGUCCAUGCUGGAUUGAAGAGUAUGUCACGCAAGACCAUGAACAUCAUUGUUGAGAAGUUUCGCUCUGGUGAGUUGAAUCUAUUGGUUGCAACAAAAGUGGGUGAAGAAGGACUUGACAUUCAAACUUGUUGCCUUGUCAUACGGUUUGAUCUUCCUGAAACUGUUGCCAGCUUUAUACAGUCAAGAGGCCGUGCACGUAUGCCUCAGUCAGAAUAUGCAUUUUUGGUGGACAGUGACAAUAAGAAGGAUCUUGAUUUAAUUGAUGGUUUUGAGAAAGAUGAAUGCCGCAUGAAUAUGGAAAUUGCUGACCGUACAUCAACCGAGACAUACAUAAUCCCUGAGGAAAGAAUAUUCAGAGUAGAUUCGUCUGGUGCUUCUGUCAGUUCUGGAUAUAGUAUUUCAUUACUUCACCAGUAUUGUUCAAAGCUUCCACAUGAUGAGUACUUUGACCCCAAGCCAAGCUUUUAUUACUUUGAUGAAAAAGAUGGGAUAGUCUGCCACAUAAUAUUUCCAUCCAAUGCACCAAUACACUUAAUUGUCAGUUCACCACAGUUGUCAAUGGAAGCUUCCAAAAAGGAUGCUUGCCUGAAAGCAAUUCAAGAACUGUAUGAAAAAGGUUCGUUAAGUGAUUGUCUUUUGCCAAAGCAAGAGACUACAGAGCCAGAGGAGAAGGAUUCAAGCCCAUCUAAUACAGUUGGUUGUGAAGAUGACAAGUCAAGAGGAGAAUUACAUCAGAUGUUAGUUCCUUCUCCCUUUAGAAAGUCUUGGAUAAACGAAGAGAAAAUUGUUCAUCUCAACUCAUACUACAUAAAAUUUUGCCCCUUUCCAGAGGAUAGGGUUUACAAAAAGUUUGGUCUAUUCAUCAUGACAUGUCUUCCAGCAGAGGCUGAGAAACUGGAACUUGAUCUUCAUCUUGCUCAUGGUAGAUCUGUUAUAUCAACAUUUGUUCCAUUUGGAGUUGUAGAAUUCGACAAAGAUGAGAUUAAGAUGGCUGAACAUUUUCAAGAGAUGUUCCUUAAAAUUAUCCUUGACCGAUCAGAAUUUGUUUCUGAUCUUGUAACCCUGGGUAAAGGUGCUGAAUCUCACAAUGAUUCAUCAACCUUCUACCUUAUGCUUCCAGUUGUAUUGCAAGAAUAUGAAAAUAUUAUGACUGUGGAUUGGAAGACUGUGAGAAGAUGCCUUUGUUCACCAAUUUUCAAGUCUCCACCAGAUGCUGUGGACCAAAAUCCUUAUCCUUCUGAUUCAUCACUUCAACUUGCCAAUGGUAAAAGAAGCAUAAAAGAUGUUGAAAAUAGUUUGGUAUAUGCCACACACAAAAAGCUCUUCUAUUUUGUCACAAAUGUGAACCAUGAAAAGAAUGGAUUAAGUCCCAGUAAAGAUUCAGGCACUUCAAGCUAUGCGGACGACUUACUUGAAAAGUUUAGUAUUCAUCUCAAACACCCAGAACAGCGACUGCUGCAUGCAAAGCCAGUUUUCAAUCUGCACAACCUGCUGCAUAAUCGGAAGUAUGAGGAUACAGAGCCACAGGAGCUGGAGGAGUUCUUUGUUGAUUUGCCUCCUGAGCUUUGCGAACUGAAAGUUGUGGGUUUUUCGAAGGAUAUGGGUAGUUCCAUAUCUUUGCUACCCUCAGUUAUGCAUCGUCUUGGAAACUUACUGGUUGCUAUUGAACUCAAGCAAAUGCUGUCUCAAUUCUUCCCAGAGGCAGCUGAAAUUAACUCCCAUACAAUUCUUGAAGCUCUCACAACUGAGAAGUGUCAGGAACGGUUUUCGCUUGAAAGACUAGAAGUGCUUGGAGAUGCUUUUCUCAAAUUUGCUGUUGCACGCCAUUUUUUCCUCACAUAUGACAGUCUUCACGAAGGAGACCUUACUGCACGGCGUUCUAAUGUUGUAAAUAAUUCCAAUUUGUAUAAGUUGGCUCUUAAACGCAAUUUGCAGGUCUAUAUACGUGAUCAGGCGUUUGAUCCCUGUCAAUUCUACGCACUUGGCCGUCCUUGCCCAAUAGUUUGCAACAAUGAAACGGAAGAAAGUAUACACUCAUGUUUAAAUUCUGUUAAGGAGCAAGGAAACUCAACUGAAAUCCAGUGCAAUAAAAAUCACCACUGGCUAUAUAGAAAAACAAUUGCUGAUGCAGUUGAAGCUUUGGUCGGAGCAUUUAUAGUUGACAGUGGCUUUAAAGCUGCAAUUGCAUUUCUUACGUGGCUUGGCAUACAAGUUGGUUUUGAAGCCUCACAAUUGAUUAAUGUUUGCCGAGGAAGUGUUGGCUAUAUUCCUCUCUCUGCUGAUGUAAACAUUCUUUCCCUUGAAGAUAAGUUGGGAUAUCACUUCAUUCAUAAGGGUCUGCUUCUUCAGGCAUUUGUGCAUCCUUCUUACAAUAAGCAUGGAGGAGGUUGCUACCAGCGACUGGAGUUUCUUGGAGAUGCUGUGCUGGAUUUUUUGAUUACUUCAUACCUGUACUCAGCUUAUCCCAAGCUAAAGCCUGGUCAAUUGACGGAUUUGAGAUCGUUGUCUGUUAACAAUAAGGCAUUUGCCUGUGUUGCUGUGGAUCGCAGUUUUGAUAAAUUUCUUUUAUGUGAUUCUAGCAACCUUUCUGAGGCAGUAAAAAAGUAUGUGGACUAUAUUAGAAGACCUUUAUCAAGUAAUGUCAAUGAAGGGCCGAAAUGUCCAAAGGCUUUGGGUGACUUGGUGGAAUCUUGUGUUGGUGCUAUUCUUCUUGAUUCAGGGUUCAAUUUGUACAAAGUUUGGGAAAUAAUGACUUCAUUCUUGGAUCCAAUCAUGAAAUUCUCAUCUAACUUGCAGCUUAGUCCCAAGAGGGAUCUGCAAGAACUAUGCCAAUCUCAUAAUUUGGACUUGCAACUCCAACCAUCAAAAUUGACUAAAAUGUUUUCAGUUGAAGCAAAAGUGAUUGUGAAUGGUACAUGUCAAACAGCAGUGGCAACCGGGCAAAGUAAAAAAGAGGCUACUAGAAUUGCUUCACAGAAACUAUUUUCAGAGCUAAAGGCUCAAGGCUGGAGACCAAGGUCAAAACCUUUGGAAGAAGUUUUAAAAUCUACCUUUAAGGGGGAAGCAAAACUUAUUGGCUAUAAUGAAACUCCCAUUGAUGUAACAGCAAUUAAUUCCAUUGAGCACGUGAUGGUUAAUGGGAACUUAAGUAGCAACUCAGACCCGAUAAUUCGCCCCCUUCGUGAGGUGAUUGGUAUAAAACCUGUUGACCAAAAGGUUCAACAUUCUUCUAAGGGACAGCCUAGUGGAACUUAUGAUAAUCGUGAUUGUGCCGGUGAUUUAUCGAGGACAGGAACCGCAAGAUCUCGAUUGUAUGAAUUCUGUGCUGCUUCUUGCUGGAAACCACCAACAUUUGAGUGCUGCAAUGAAGGGGGACCAGAUCACAUGAAGUUAUUCACAUACAAGGUGACCUUGGACAUAGAAGAAUCCCCAGAUGUGAUUUAUGAAUUCAUUGGGGAACCAAAACCGAAGAAGAAAGACGCAGCAGAGUCCGCGGCUGAGGGUGUGUUUUGGUACCUGGAACGCACAGGUUACCUGCCUAAUAAGCGUAACUAAACGUCUAUUAGUCUAGAUACACAUUGUUACGAAUAUGCUUAUGAUUGAUCAUCAAAACGAUUAGGUCAUUCCAAAAUCCUGAAUGAGACACGGCCUACUCUGUUGUUGGUCAAAAAGGAACUUAUGAGUGAGGGUGUGUUUUGGUACCUGGAACACGCAGGUUACCUGCCUAAUAAGCGUAACUGAACCGACUCAUAAGUUCCUUUUUGACCAACAACAGAGUAGGCCGUGUCUCAUUCAGGAUUUUGGAAUGACCUAAUCGUUUUGAUGAUCAAUCAAUCAUAAGCAUAUUCGUAAUAAUGUGUAUCUAGACUAAUAGAGGUUUAGUGAUUUGUUGCCAAGAGGAAAAUUUAAGGAUAUUGUAUAGUAUUACUUCACUUGUGCAGCUGUGUCUAGGCAGUGUACUUGGUAAUGGUAUCAGUGUUAAGUGGAUCAUGAAUUUGAAAUGUAAAUAUUUGUGAUUUGAAUCUUGUGUUAAUUUGUUUUCCCUAAAUGAUGACGCUAUCGUGUGGUGUUGCUGUAUGGAUGCAAGUUGAGGUUCAAUCGACUUGAAAUCAAUUUGGUGUGAAUAUCAAAAUCUUUCAAACCUUAAAUUUGACAUUCACUUGUUUAUUUUAUUUAUAUUUUUUUUAAUGUAAGAGCUCUUGAUGUUUGAAGUUAUAUAGUGUGAUUGGUUAAUACUA